AUGUCAAAAUAUUUUUCAAUAUUGCUAUCACUAUAUCCGAUGUCCCCAAAAAAUUCAUAAUUUAAAAUCAAUCGAAUGGCAAAUAAGUAAAAUAAAUCGCUUCAAUCACACACAUGGACAUUAACCGAGUUCACCAAUCAUAAUUUUAUCAUGGAAAUGGAACAGAUUUUUCCUGGCAUUUAUCUCACACUAUGCGAAGAUAAAUGGACAACCGAAAAAUUGCGAACACAUGGAUUCACACACAUCAUCCGCAUCGAUAAACACAUCAAAACCAGUCACACUACCGAUCGCAAUGCAUCCAGUGACAAUAAAACAGUGUCACAGUCGUUACUGGAUCGCGACCAUUUAUCACCGCUGGACGGUUUCGAAACAUUGGAUUUGAAUUUUGGUGAAACUUCCUAUUUAACAACGGUACUUCCGAAUUGCUACAAGGGUGUUCGAUUUAUUGACAGCGCACUGAAAAACGGCGGGAGAGUGUUGAUUGUGGAUAGAAUUACCAAUGAGAAAUGCAUUACCGUGGUGGUUGGGUUUUUGAUGUACAAGGACAAUUUGAAAUUUAGCACUGCCUUCAAUUUGGUUAAACAAAUUCAUCCGAACAUUGAACUGGAUCGGUAUUAUGUGAACCAAAUGUACGAAUACGAACCGAUUUUACAAGUUCAGCGUACGUUAAAUCUAUAUGGAACGAGUUGUUCGCGUGAGCUACGGAGCAGUAUGCAUAAACGGAAAAUAUCCGAUGAUAUGCAACCGUCAGCCUACGAUGAUAAAUGGAAUAGUUUAAGCUUUGAUAGUUCGGACACAUUAAUGGAGUAAGUGGUGGUGGUUGGAGGUAAAUUUUGCUAAGUUUUUUUUUUCUUUUAUUUUCUUAUUUUUCUAAUUUAGAAACUUAGGCUUAAAACAGUGAAUCGAAAUUAUAUUUUGAUUUUGGUUCAAAUUUUUAUGUGAAGAAGUUGGAACAUCGAAUUGCAAUGUCUUAGAAAAUCCGGAAGGCUCAGUACUUCUGUACAGCUCAAAAUAUUUAUCUCUUGUAUAGACAGACAUUCGUUCCAAGUUCCAAACCGACCUCGC